CGAGACUCAUCAAGGAGGUAGGCGGGCAGGCAAGCGGCCAGUCAGUUGAAGCCAUCUCGCCGUCACUCGCUCGCUCCCUCGCUCGCUCGCUGGGUCACGCCAACUGUGUCCGUCGUACUUUUCCGACCCGCCCGGCGAGGAGAAUGUUCAACAGGACGCGAAGGCUCUGACGGAGGCCCAACCGUGAGGUGCCGGAGGCCGUGACCAGGCCCCCCCGGAAGGAGCCCGGCCCGCCAGGGAGCGCCAUGGCUCCCCGGAAGCGAGGCGGCGGCAACCGCGGCGGCGGCGGCGGCGGCCUCUCCUCCUCCUUCUUCUUCUGCUGCUUCAACAACAGCGAGCACCCCGAGAUCACCUACAGGCUGCGCGAAGACUUUGCCCCGCAGGCCAUGGAGCCGGUGCUGCCCAUGCCGGGCUAUGACGAGCUGGACGGGAUCUUCUCCGAGCUGGUGGACGAGCUGGACCUCACCGAGAAGCACAGGGAAGCCAUGUUUGCCCUGCCCGCUGAGAAAAAGUGGCAGAUAUACUGCAGCAAAAAGAAGGAACAAGAGGAGAACAAGAGCGCGACCAGUUGGCCAGAAUAUUACAUCGAUCAGCUCAAUUCCAUGGCAGCUCGCAAGACGCUCCUGGCCCUGGAGAAGGAAGACGAGGAGGAGAGGAACAAAACCGUGGAGAGCUUGAAGACCGCCCUCAGGACUCAACCUAUGAGGUUUGUGACGCGCUUCAUCGACCUGGACGGCCUGACGUGCAUCCUCAACUUCCUGAAGAGCAUGGACUACGAGACCACCGAGUCGCCGAUCCACACCUCGCUGAUCGGCUGCAUCAAGGCGCUGAUGAACAAUUCCCAGGGUCGUGCCCACGUGCUCUCGCACGCCCAGAGCAUCAACAUCAUCGCCCAGAGCCUGGCCACCGACAACGUCAAGACCAAGGUGGCCGUGCUGGAGAUCAUGGGCGCCGUCUGCCUGGUGCCCGGCGGCCACAGGAAGAUCCUGGAGGCCAUGCUGCACUACCAGCGCUUUGCCUGCGAGAGGACGCGCUUUCAGACGCUGAUCAAUGACCUGGACCGCAGCACGGGGCGCUACAGAGAUGAGGUCAACCUGAAAACGGCCAUCAUGUCCUUCAUAAAUGCUGUACUGAGUCAAGGCGCGGGAGAGACAAGCCUGGAGUUCCGCAUCCACCUGCGAUACGAGUUUCUGAUGCUGGGGAUCCAACCGGUGAUCGAUAAGCUGCGUUCUCAUGAGAACUCCACCUUAGACAGGCAUCUGGACUACUUUGAGAUGCUGCGGAACGACGACGAGCUGGCUCUGUCGAAGCGUUUUGAGUCGGUACACAUCGACACCAAAAGUGCCACCCAAGUGUUUGAGCUCAUCCGCAAGAAGAUGAACCACACCGACGCAUUCCCGCACUUUAUGUCCGUCCUCCAUCACUGCCUCCUCAUGCCACACAAGAGGAGCGGCAACACGGUGCAGUACUGGCUGCUACUGGAUCGCAUCGUCCAGCAGAUGGUGCUGCAGAACGACAAGGGCCACGAUCCCGACGUCACGCCACUGGAGAAUUUCAAUGUGAAAAAUGUCGUGCGCAUGUUGGUCAACGAGAACGAGGUGAAGCAGUGGAAGGAGCAAGCGGAGAAGAUGCGCAAAGAGCACCACGAGCUGCAGCAGAAGUUGGAGAAGAAGGAGCGCGAAUGCGACGCCAAGACGCAGGAGAAGGAGGACAUGAUGCAGACGCUCAACAAGAUGAAGGAGAAGCUGGAGAAGGAGAGCGGCGAGCACAAGAACGUCAAGCAGCAAGUGGCCGAGCUCAGCGCCCGCCUGCACGAGCUCAGCGCCGUAGGUCCCGAGCCCGCUUCCUCAACGUGUGCGCUGGCGCCUUUAAUCCCGCGCACAUUUCCUCCCUCCCUGCAGAGACAAGUCACCGUGGUUCCAGGCGGCGCCCCCGGGGGCCCGGCGCCACCCCCGCCCGUGCCGUCCUUCUCCGGCCUGCGCCCGCCGCCGCCUCCGGGCGGCGCCAUGGUUCCGCCGCCGCCCCCUCCUCCCCCGCCGGGCGGCCCCCCGCCAGCGCCAGGUCGCCCGCCCGGGGCAGGCGUCCCCCUGCCGCCCGGGGCCCCGCUGGGACCCUCGAUGCAGAAGAAGAACAUCCCGCAGCCGUGCAACCCGCUCAAAUCCUUCAACUGGUCCAAGUUGGCCGAGAACAAACUGGAAGGCACCGUUUGGAUGGAUGUGGACGACGGCAGGGUUUUCAAAAUUCUGGAUCUGGAGGACAUCGAGAAGACCUUCUCGGCCUAUCAGAGACAGCAGGACUUCUUUACCAUCAAUAACAGCAAACAGAAAGAGGCCGAGGACGACGCGCCGGGCUCCAAAAAGGUGAGGGAGCUGUCGGUGAUCGACGGCCGGCGAGCGCAAAACUGCAACAUCCUCCUGUCCAGGCUCAAGCUGUCCAACGAGGAAAUCAAGAGGGCCAUCCUCACCAUGGACGAGCAGGAGGACCUUCCCAAAGACAUGCUGGAGCAGCUGCUGAAAUUUGUGCCCGAGAAGAGCGACGUGGACCUCCUGGAGGAGCACAAGCACGAGCUGGACCGCAUGGCCAAACCCGACCGCUUCCUCUACGAGAUGAGCAGAAUCAACCACUACCAGCAGAGGCUGCAGUCUUUGUACUUCAAAAAGAAGUUUACCGAGCGGAUAGCAGAGAUCAAGCCCAAAGUUGAAGCUCUGACCAAGGCUUCCAAAGAGGUCCUGCACAGCAGAAACCUGAAGCAGCUGCUGGAGGUGGUGCUGGCCUUCGGCAACUACAUGAACAAGGGCCAGCGGGGCAACGCUUACGGCUUUAAGGUGUCCUCGCUCAACAAGAUCGCCGACACCAAAUCCAGCAUCGACAAGAACAUCAAUCUUUUGCACUACCUGAUCACCAUCCUGGAGAAGAAAUACCCCAAAGUGCUCAAGUUUCACGGUGACCUGCCGAGUGUCCCCGAAGCGGCCAAAGUCAACAUGACCGAGCUGGAGAAGGACGUGGGCAACUUGCGCGGCGGCCUGAAGAGCGUGGAGAGCGAGCUGGACUACCAGAAGAAGCGAGCGCAGGAGCCGGGCGACAAGUUUGUGUCUGUGGUCAGCCAGUUCAUCACCGUGGCCAGCUUCAGCUUCUCGGACGUGGAGGACUCGCUGACGGAGGCCAAAGACUUGUUUGUGAAGGCCGUAAAGCACUUUGGCGAGGACGCCGGCAAGAUGCAGCCCGACGAGUUCUUCGGCAUCUUCGACCAGUUCUUGCAGUCGUUCGGCGAGGCGCAGCAGGAGAACGACAACAUGCGGCGGCGCAAGGAGGAAGAGGAGCGCAGGGCUAAAAUGGAGGCUCAGCUCAAAGAGCAGCGGGAGAAGGAGCGCAAGGCGCGCAAGGCUAAGGCCAACGGCGAGGACGACGGCGGAGAGUUUGACGACCUGGUGUCGGCGCUGCGCUCGGGCGAGGUCUUCGACAAGGACUUGUCCAAGAUGAAGCGCAACCGCAAGCGCAUCAACAGCCAGAACUCGGACGGCGGGCGCGAGCGACCCGUCACAAAGCUCAACGUGUAGGAGGGAGGUUGUUCUCCUUGCAGGUUUUCCCUGGCUUUUGUUUUCAGUUCAUGACCAACUAACGGAGACGCCUUUUGACAGGAUCCGUCGAGUUUCUUUUUUUGCUACGUAUGAACCCUUCCUCCUUGAAGAUCCUCUUAAAGACUCCAUUUUGUACAAAGUUGGUGAGUGGAAACUCAAGUUGAACUUUUUUCCCCCUCGUCAGAGCUUUAACCGCAAGCAAAGGUCGCUGAGAAGCAGCUUCUUUUUUUUUUUUGACGACCACACGCGUGCAGCAUAUCUAUAAGUAAUAUCAGAUCACUGUUUAAGAGCUGGCCUUAACUGUUUAUAAUUUUCACGUCAAGUCGGUACUUUUCCAGGCCUGGGCCUAAAAUGUCCAAGCACGGUAUAUGUGUUUAAAAGAAACACGCAAGGUUAUAAAGGUGACGUGCUUGUUCCACUUGCACAUAUCGAGCUGUAGUUCCAAUGCUAAAAUGCCAUUAAAAAUAUACGGAAAGAACCAA